GCUCCUAUACACAUGGCCUCAUUCAAACACUCCUACAUAUAGCCGUAUAGGUAACAAAAGAGAGAGUUCCUGCUACGCGGGUAGCAGCCAAAUUUAGCUCACCCGCAGAAAUUCAAAUUUGAGCGUACAAACAGCCAUGCCACUGCCAUUAGUAUCCUCUUUAACCAUUGUUGCGCCUCUGCAAGUGCAACAGCUCUGCCCAUCCAAUUCCAUCUCACUAACACAGAACCCCCUAUGGAUUCCAACUCCGGAUCUGCUCUCCAAGUACCCGACUCUUCAUCAUCUCAGCUCUUGCAAGACCAUGAACCAAUUGACCCAAAUCCAUGCCCAAACCAUCACUACUGGCAUCUUCCACGACAAUUUUGUUGCUUCCCGCAUUCUAUCCUUCGCCGCUCUCUCUCCUCACGGUUCCAUCAAUUACGCCCGCCUCCUCUUCUCCCGAAUCCGUAAGCCUGAUGUCUUCAUCGCCAACACCCUCAUCAGGGCUUACGCGUUUAGCCUGAAUCCUGUUGAUGCCAUCCUUUUCUAUGCUCACAUUCUGGAACACUCCCUUGUUCUUCCUGAUAUUCACACGUUUCCUCUCCUUCUGAGAGCAUGUUCGGAGAUCCCGUCUCUUUCUCUUGGCCAAGCUAUUCACUCUCAUGUCUUCAAACUCGGGUUGUCCCACCAGGUGCCAAUCCUGAAUUUCUUGGUCCAGAUGUAUUCUUCCUGUAGUUCACUUGAAUCUGCAAAACUAGUUUUUGAUAGAAUUCCCGAAUGCGAUGAUGCUUCGUGGAAUAUAAUGAUGUCUGGGUUUAUGAAAUGCGGUCGUUUGGAGCUUGCCCGAGAAAUGUUUGAUGGAAUGUGGGACAGAAAUGUUGUUUCUUGGAGUGUCAUGAUUAAUGGGUAUGUCCAGCAUUCCCGUUUUAAGGAGGGUUUGGAACUUUUUCGAGAGAUGUUGAUGAAGAAGGUGGAGCCAAAUGAGAGUGUGCUGGUCAACAUUCUCUCUGCGUGUUCCCAUUUGGGAGCCAUGGAGCAGGGGAAAUGGAUUGAAGGGCUUCUGAGAAAGAAAGACAGUGGGUUUACAGUUCGAUUGGGUACUGCACUAAUAGAUAUGUAUUCAAAGUGUGGGUGCACGGAAAAAGCACUUGAGAUUUUCCAUGAGAUGAAGGAGAAGAAUGUACUUGCUUGGAGUGCCAUGAUCAACGGGUUUGCUAUUAAUGGAAGAGGGAAGGAUGCAUUACAUCUCUUUUCUCAGAUGGAAAUGUUUGGAACUAAACCAAACGAGGUAACUUUCAUUGGCGUUCUAAAUGCCUGCAGCCAUUCAGGGUUCGUCCAUGAGGGAUCAAGCUAUUUUAAUUCUAUGACAAAAGUAUACGGGUUAGAACCAAAUGCCCAUCACUACUGCUGUCUGGUUGAUCUCUAUGGUCGUGCUGGGUUGUUAAAUGAAGCAGAGAAGGUGAUCAAAAGCAUGCCAAUGAAACCCAAUUCAUCCAUUCUUGGAGCCCUCCUCAAUGCAUGCAGGAUUCAUGGAAAUACCCAAUUAGGUGAACAAGUAGGAAAGCAGCUACUUGAAUUAGAGCCAAACCACAGUGGGAGAUAUGUGCUCUUAUCAAAUAUAUAUGCUUUGAGUGGAAGGUGGGACUGUGUGGCUGAGCUGAGGAGUGUUAUGAGAGAGCGGGGGAUCAGUAAGAUACCCGGGUGUAGUUUUAUAGAUGUGGGAGGUGCGAUUCACGAGUUUGUUGCUGGGGAUAAUACUCAUCCUGAGAGUGAAAAGAUUUAUGGAAAGUUGGAAGAAAUAAGCAAAGAACUAAAGCUUGCUGGUUAUAAGCCAAAUAUGAGUGAAGUGCUACUUAAUAUGGAUGAGGAAGAGAAAGAGACUGCCCUUUGCCACCACAGUGAAAAACUGGCCAUUGCUUUUGGAUUCAUAAACAGUAAGUCAGGAACUACUAUCCGGAUCACAAAGAACCUUCGGGUUUGUGCAGAUUGCCACUCAGUUACAAAGCUAAUCUCAAAGAUCUAUAAUAGGGAAAUAGUCUUGAGGGAUCGAUGUCGUUUCCACCAUUUCAGAGAUGGUUCUUGUUCUUGCAUGGAUUUUUGGUGAACUUAGUAUGUUACAUGGUUUUUCAGUCUCUUACAUGUAAGAACAUUUUAUGACUACACCUGUAGAAUGGAGAGCAAAAAGUGAAACAUCUAGCGUAUGGUUUUGCAUGUUAUGUAUGUUUUAAGGGAGGAGGAACCAUCUUAUUUUGCCCCUUCCACACAGUUCUGUGAUCCCCUUAAAUUUUAGCAUUGAACUGGGUGUGAAAAAUUCAGAUAGGAUUCAUGUUGGCUUGUGGCAAACUUCCAUGUUGUUUUCAUUAGUGAAUCUGGAACCCCAUGUUUAUGCUUGUU